AUGUCAAAAGGUAACACGGGGCAAAGUUCAUUCAAGCUAGAAGAGAACGAGAGCGCUGCUGUUCCAAAACCACCAUUGUUCCAAAGAUGGAAGGCCCACAUGAAGAAAUGGUGGUGGCUAUAUCUGAUCGGCCUGGGCUGCGUUGUCUUGGUCACUAUUCUUCCAAUAGUUUACGUUGGGGUUCCGCACUUUGCCAAUGAUCGCAUUAAUAAGUACGACUUCGACUUCGACGGCUUGUCUAUCACAAAUCCGACACCAAACUCGUUCCAUGUACGGCAAUCACAACAGUUCCAUGUGGGGGUGGGUAGUGGACACCUCUCUGGGUUCAAUGCCUCCAUGCACUACGCGGGCUCUGAUACUCCCUUUGCGGUUCUACCCUUUCCCCGCAUCGACUUUGGAAAUGAUGCUCGUCUUGAGAUUGACCAGGAUUUGGACUUGUCCUGCGUCAGCUGUUUCUCAAAGCUGGCCGAGGAUGCAGUCAGAAGUGAUGGAAUUUCAGUUAAAAUUACUGGAAAGCCAGCUCUCAAGGUGCAAGCACUGCCCACCGCCCAUUUGGACAUUCAUAAAACGGUUACCCUGCCAGGACUGAACGUUGAGGAAUUUAUGAAACGUAACGACGCCUUUAACGUCACCAAGCUUGCUCUUAUCAAUCCUGGUACUCACGACGGGUACAAUGUAAAUGCCACGAUUGUCUUCAAUCCCCCAACCCCAAUUAGUGUUGAAAUGGGUACUGUCAGCUGCAAUCUUACCAUAGAUGACUCGCAGCUGGGGUAUAUUGACAUCCCGGAUCUGACUCUUCGGAAUGGCACCUCAACUGCGGUUGUCCUUGGCGACUUGGAUAUAAGACUCCUCAUACGCAAGGGGUUAUGGGAGAGUAGUAAUUCCAACUAUGGAAAGGUCACGAUCGGUAUUCACGGUAAUCGAAGCGUGUACAACGGGGAAGAAAUUCCCUAUUUUACAGCAGCCGUCAAGGCAAUUUCGGCAUCGACAACAGUUAACUUGUUUGACUAUGUCUCGGAGAUCCUAGGCGGAUUGUAA